GCGAUCGAUGAUGCGAUUUCCUUUGGCAGCCGGCGUCCAUUUUAUCUUGUUUGGCAUUGUUUGGUGUAAGGUAGUGAAAUUGAUGAAAAAAAAUUGGUUUCCUACCCAAACCAAGCGUUGUUUAUAAACUCUAUUUAAUAAUAAGUGAGUUUCAACCAAAAAAAUAGUUACUUUCUGUGGCAAUUUUUUAAAUUUGCAUAAUGGAAAGUGGAACUCCAGCAAGAGGUGGUUUUAGGGGGCGAGGUGGACCUUCUAGAGGCCGUGGAGGUUUUUCAGAGCGUGGAAGAGGUGGACCACCAAGAGGAGGUAUGUCUCGGGGUCGUGGUGGAGGACCUGGACCUUCGAGGGGACCUCCUGGUAUGAGAGGUCGUGGAGGACCCCCAAGAGGUGGAAGAGGAGGACAUUAUCCAGGAGGCCCACCAGAUUCAGGUUUAUCUGGAGGUCCAGGUGGUGGUCCACCACCGCCUCCUGGUAUGGGACCGCCACGAGGAGGAAGCAGAGGUGCUCCAGGUGGUGGAUUUAGAGGUCGAGGGCGUGGAGAUUUUGGUAGAGGUGAAGGCAGAGGAGGAUUCCGAGGUCGAGGAGGUGAUAGAAGAGGUCGUGGAUCAUUCGCACGUGAUGGACCACCACGUGGAGGAAUGGGUCGUGGAUCAAAUGGGCCGGGGUUUGGGGAACGAGGUCGAGGAAUGGACCGAGGCAGAGGAGCUCCAGUCAAACGCGGCGGAGUUCCGGGGGCCGGCGGUGGACCCCCCAAACGACCCAGAUACGACAUGACGUCGUCAGUUCCAGCUAAUGGAUAUGCAUCACAACCACCAAACACAGGUUAUGGCCCAGGUAAUGGAUACGGUGGCCAACAACCACAAGCUCCAGUUGGUAGUUAUGGCGGGCCAGCUGCCGGAGCUGCUGGAUAUGGUCCUCCUCAAGGAGGAUAUCAACAAUCUUAUCAGGGUUAUGAAAGCUAUCCUACGUCUUCCGAUUAUUCACAGUCGACGGGAUAUUCUGCUCAAGUCCCGCCAGAUAAUCGAUAUGGCGGUGUUCCCCCAGCAGCCACCGCUGGUGGGUUCAGUUCAGGAGAUCCUUACAGUUACGGAAAGACACCACAAGUUAAUUACCAGCAGGAGGCAGUUGCUCCUUCCGUGGGUGGUGGUGAUGGUGAUGGUGGUGGAAAUUAUCCUCCUGCUAAUCCUUACGACGAGCAAUCCUGUAAUAACAGCGGCAUGACGGUCAGGGGCGAUUAUUCAGCGCACGAUUAUGAUUAUGCGACACAAGACGGUGGCUAUGGAAAACCAGAUUAUGGUGAGUACCAAUCUGUCGACAGGCAUUUUUAUUGAAUAUAAACAAAAAGAAAUGCGAGAGAAACAGAGAAAAAAAAUAAAUAAGUAAUUCAAGAUUAUAAUAAAAAUAAAAAUAACAACUAUAACAUGAAAAAUCAUAAUCAGGAGUGAUGAGGAUAUAACGCGUUUGAACAACUAAUGAUGAAAUAUGAAUGAGAUAAACAUUGAGAAUUGAAUAUGUAACUUAAUUUCAAUUAUACAAAUUAAUGGUUAAUUAAUGUUAAUAAUAAUUAUUAAAGUGAUUAUAGUUAAUAAUAUUAAUAAUGAUAAAUAGUUUAAAAUUAAUAAAU